GGAAAAAAAACAGACUUUGUAUGUUUCCAAGUCACUGAAGUUUGCUUUUUCUUUAUUUGUCCUUGCAGCUUGUUUUGUAUGUUUUUCUUCUGUUGAGGAAUGGGGAUGGUAUAGACAUAUGCACGUACUAGACAUGAUAUAUAGCAUCUAUUAUCAAUGUUUCUUUAUCUCUUGGGGACGGUAUGAAGGGGCAUGAUCUUCUUCUUUGUUUUAAUCGGAAUGGGAGCAUUGGGCUGUUGAAUCAGGAGAAUUAGAUCCCAUGUGUGGACACUGUAAGAAUCUGGCUCCUGAGUAUGAGAAAGCUGCAUCGGUGCUGAGUAAGCAUGACCCUCCAGUUGUUCUUGCUAAAGUUGAUGCUAAUGACGAAGUCAAUAGAGAGCUUGCCACUAAGUAUGAAGUGAGCGGCUUCCCCACACUAAAGAUCUUUAGGGAUGAGGGAAAGAAUAUCCAAGAGUACAAAGGUCCUAGGGAUGCUGAUGGCAUAGUUGAAUACUUGAAGAAGCAAGUUGGUCCUGCUUCUGCUGAGGUCAAAUCCUCGGAUGAUGUUGCAGACCUCAUCAAUGAUAAGAAAGUUAUUAUU